UUUGAAAGUCUUUUAUUACAUCCAUAAACAUCAGAUUGCAGCUGACUGUUCCCUGGAUGAGAAUUUCCUAGUACUCCAAGUGAGUUUUGACAGGGGGAGGGAGUGAAAGUAAGAUUGUUGGGUUGGUUUUUUUUUUACUGGAACGGUGUUUAUAGGGAACUUGUCAGUCUCUGGCACGCUACAGCCACUGUCAGAGGGCUGAGCAGCACUGGAGUGAGAGGAACACGGGUUUCUCCACUUAUUUUCACUGUCUGACUCGGGUGCCAUCCCAGGUGCAGCACACGAGAAAGAAGAAUUGUUCCAGAAUUUACUGGGACAGAUUGCAGAGCAGUUCUCGAGGGUUUUUAAAAUCAAUGAGCUGAAAACGGAAGUAGCUAAUCACUUGGCAAUGCUGGAGAAAAAGGUUGAAUUGGAAGGCCUGAAAGUGGUGGAGAUUGAGAAAUGCAAGCGCGACAUUAAAAAGAUGAGGGAGGAAAUGGCAGCAAGAAGCAGCAGGACUAACUGUCCCUGCAAGUACAGCUUUUUGGAUGAAAACAAGAGACCGGUUCCCCGAAGGGAUGUACCAUCCUACCCAAAGUACAUGCUGUCCCAGGAGACCAUCGAAGCACUUCGGAAACCAACCUUUGACGUCUGGCUGUGGGAGCCCAACGAGAUGCUGAGCUGUUUGGAACACAUGUACCACGACCUCGGGCUGGUAAAAGACUUCAACAUCAAUCCUAUCACGUUGAAGAGGUGGUUGCUGUGUAUUCAUGACAAUUACAGAAACAACCCCUUCCACAAUUUCCGGCACUGCUUCUGCGUGACCCAGAUGAUGUACAGCAUGAUCUCGCUCUGCAGACUCCAGGAGAAAUUUUCCCAGAUUGACAUCUUGAUUCUCAUGACUGCAGCAGUGUGCCAUGACUUGGACCAUCCAGGCUAUAACAACACCUACCAGAUAAACGCGCGGACCGAGCUCGCCGUGCGCUACAACGACAUCUCCCCGCUGGAGAACCACCACUGUGCCGUGGCUUUCCAGAUCAUUUCCCAGCCGGAAUACAACAUCUUCUCCAAUGUCGACCAGGACCAAUUCAAACAGAUAAGACAGGGGAUAAUUACAUUAAUCCUGGCUACAGACAUGGCGAGACACGCAGAAAUACUGGACUCUUUCAAGGAAAAAAUGGAAAAUUUUGAUUACUCAAAUGAAGAACACAUGACCUGUCUGAAGAUGGUGCUGAUAAAAUGCUGUGAUAUCUCCAACGAAGUCCGCCCGAUGGAAGUAGCAGAGCCCUGGGUGGAUUGUUUACUAGAGGAGUAUUUUAUGCAGAGCGACCGAGAAAAAUCCGAGGGUCUUCCAGUGGCGCCGUUCAUGGACCGCGACAAAGUGACCAAGCCCACGGCACAGAUCGGCUUCCUGAAGUUCGUCCUCAUCCCCAUGUUUGAAACAGUAACAAAGCUAUUCCCAGAAGUGGAGGAGGUGAUGCUCCAGCCCCUGUGGGAAUCCAGGGACCACUACGAGGGAUUAAAACAGAUAGAUGAUGCUAUGAAAGAGCUGCAGAAACAGAAAAGUGAAAGCUUGACAGCCGGCAGCACCGAAAAGUGAGACGAGAAAAGCCCUUGAACGAAACACAAGCCCCGAGGUUGCUCCGGUUUUGAGAAAUGCUGUAUUUGCCAAACAGACGUCAAAAUCCAGCUGGGACCGUGCAUGAGGAGAAGCGGCAGGGAUGGAUGUCCUGCCUGCCUGGGCACCUCAUCUACAGCCUGCAGCCUCCUUGCACAGGCGCUGCCGCCGUCGGACGCCGAGGGUUCCCCACGCUCCAACAUUCCCAGCAGGAUUCCCCUGCGGACAGUGCACAGGCUGCAGCACGGCUCAAACCUCCAGCAGAGCUGCCUUUCUGGUGACCAAACUGUCAGCCACAGUGUGUAGAGACAAAUCAGAGCUUAGCUAAGGAGCUUUUCCUGGAAAGUGUUCCAUUGGCAUCCAAAAACACCAGAAGAAGUUGUUUUAGUGAAGAUUCUCUAUGUGUACAGCAGUAUGCUAAUUACAGCACAGCUUAACAGAUGCUUAUAUACUGACAAGGGUCCUGGCAUACAUUUUUGUUUGCCCAGUAGGCCCUAAUUACACAUUUCUCUGCAUUAUUCCCUGAAUUUUAUAGUGUUCACAGUGCAUUCAGAAGCCCAGCAUAGUGGAUGCAAUUUUCUUUUUUUUUUUUUUUUCUACACUAGAAGAAAUCAGAAGAAACCUUAAUGAGUUUGCAGGGUUGCUCUGUGGCCUGGUACAGCUGGACACCAUGGGAUCCUUCAGCAUGAGUAAAGAAGGAGCACAAAGCUGAAACCACGGUGCAAACACAUUUUUAUCCUUGCUGAUGCAAAAAAGCAACAAAAA